AUGAUUUUUUUUUUAAAAGAAUUGAAUGCAAUGUUUUUGAAUUUUAAUUGAUUUUUUAUUAAGAAUUCAUAUAAGAAAUUAAUCGAUUUAGUGUGAAAAAAAUGUUUAUAUCGCAAUCUACCUAAACUAAUUUUAUUAAAUAAGAUCAAAGCUAUUUAUAUAAAACACAUAAGUUUUUCACUUAAAAAAUUUCCAUUGAAAAUUAAAAUUUUUAUAGGGUUAAUUUACCAAAAAAAUGAAAAUUUUACCAAUAUUUUUGUUCCAAUUUAA